AUGCCUGCCAAGAAAAAGUCGCCCGUCUACGUCCUCGGCGUGGGCAUGACAAAGUUCAUCAAACCCCGCGGAAAAGUCGACUACACAGAACUCGGCUUCGAAGCCGGCAUCAAGGCUCUUCUUGACGCGCAGAUCAACUAUGACGAUGUAGACCAGGCCAUCGCGUGCUACUGCUACGGCGAUAGCACCUGUGGCCAGCGCGUCUUCUACCAGUUCGGCAUGACCCAGAUUCCCAUCUACAACGUCAACAACAACUGCUCGACCGGUAGCACUGGUAUCAACAUGGCCAGGACCUUGGUCGAGCACGGAGCCGCCGAUUGUGUAAUGGUCGUGGGCUUUGAGAAGAUGAUGCCUGGCAGUUUGCAGACUUUCUUCAAGGAUAGGGAGAGUCCUACGGGAACCACGGGAAAGAUGAUGGCGGUGACGAGGGGUGUUACCAAUGCCCCUGGGGCGGCUCAGAUGUUUGGCAAUGCUGGGAGGGAGUAUAUGGAGAAAUAUGGAGCCAAGGCUGAGGAUUUUGCAGAGAUUGCACGCAUCAACCACGCCCACUCCCCCAAGAACCCCUACUCUCAGUUCCAACAGGUCUACAGCCAGGAAGAAGUUCUCCAAUCCCCCAUGAUCCACGAGCCCUUGACCAAACUGCAGUGCUGCCCGACCUCAGACGGCGGUGCUUCGGCAAUCAUCGUCUCCGAGGAAUUCCUCAACGCCCGUCCUCAUCUCCGUGAGCAAGCCGUCGAGAUCGCAGGCCAGCACCUCGCAACCGACGCCCCGAGUCUCUUCUCCCGCAGCGCCAUCGACCUGAUGGGCUACGAGAUGACGCAGCGUGCUAUGCUGGAGGCAACAAAGCAAGCCGGCAUUUCACCCCGUGAUGUCCAGGUCGUCGAGUUACACGAUUGCUUCAGCGCAAACGAGAUGGUCACCAUCGACGCGCUGAAUCUCUGCGACCCCGGCAAAGCCCACGAGCUCGUGCGCGCAGGCGACAUAACCUACGGAGGAAAAUACAUCAUCAACCCCUCGGGAGGACUCAUAUCCAAGGGCCACCCCCUGGGCGCAACAGGCAUCGCCCAAUGCGCAGAACUGGUCUGGCAUCUACGCGGCUGGGCCAACAACCGCGCAGCGCCCAACACGCGAUACUGUCUGCAGCACAACCUCGGCCUCGGCGGCGCGGCGGUGGUGACGGUUUACAAGAGAGCGGACGGGCGUACCGCGCCUGCGGUGAACUCGACUAUGGUGGGACAUCGUAACAAGCUGGGGUAUAAUCCUGCGGUUGAGGCGAAGGGGUUCACGCAGGAGCAGGUUGAUUUGGUGAGGAGUAAGAAAUCUAGGAGCGAGUGGGCGUUGCAGGAUGUUGAGAAGAAGGUUGAGGCGAGGUUUUAG